AUGUCGGCCGAGAAGGAAGGCAGCGCUCCCGCCGUGGAGCACCUCAACAUCAAAGUUACCGACAACAACAAUGAAGUCUUCUUCAAGAUUAAGCGCUCCACGCAGCUGAAGAAGCUCAUGGAUGCCUUCUGCGAACGCCAAGGAAAGCAGAUGGCCACCGUGCGUUUCCUGUUCGAUGGAACCCGUGUGCGCCCCGAAGAUACUCCUGACACGCUCGAUAUGGCAGAUGGCGACACUCUCGAGGUUCACCAAGAACAGAUUGGAGGUUAG